AUGCCGUCCAGACGAUCCAAGCCCGCUCACCGUGUAACCAAGCGGCCCAGAGCCACGGCAGCCACGGCGGCCACGGUCCCAUCCACCGAGCCUCAAACCGCGACCUCAAGCGGCACAUCCCCAGUCUACUUCUGGCGCGAAACCGACCCAUUGGUCGGCUACCUCUCCCAAUGGUACGCCUGCGCCUUCACCGACGACACCGACCCCUCCAUCACCUACCCAACCGCCGAGCACUACAUGAUGUACCAAAAAGCCAUCCUCUUCAACGACCCCGCCAUGGCGACCCAAAUCCUCGCCGCCCCCCACCCCCGGCAAGUCAAAUCCCUAGGCCGCAAAGUCUCCGGUUUCUCCGACAGCGUCUGGCACGCCCACCGCGAGGCCAUCGUGCGGCGCGGCAACCGUCUCAAGUUCACGCGGCCGGCUAACCCGGAUGACGGGAUGUGGCGGGUCGCGGUGCCGGUGCCGGUGCCGGGGCGGGAGGAGGGGGCCGGGGAGGGGGGGCUCGUCAGUCUGAAGGAGCUGUUGCUGCGGACGGGGGAGAGGGAGAUUGUGGAGGCGAGCCCGAUGGAUCGGGUGUGGGGGAUUGGGUUUGGCGCGGCGAAGGCUGGGAGUGUGAGGGCGAGGUGGGGGCUGAAUUUGUUGGGGAAGGCGUUGGUGGCUGUGAGGGAUGAGUUGAGGGGGGAGGAGGGUGGGGAGGAGGUGGUUGAUGGGAAGGGCGUUGAGAAGGGUAAGGAGGGCGGUGGUGAGAAGGGCGAUGAGAAGGGCGACGAGAAGGGCGAUGAGAAGGGCGAUGAAAAGGGUGAGGAUGAAGAAGAGGGCGGACAGAAGGGGAAGAGAAGAAAGAUGGAGUAGCGGGUUAGAGAAAGGCCGAUAUGAACUGUCUUGAGAAGGGUUGCAGUUAGUCAUGAUAUCAGAUUGCGUACCCAUAUUUUAGGUAUUAUUAUGUAUUGUCUCGGAUGCAUCGUUUGGUCGUCGAGGACGCGCCCCUCCCGUCGCAUCCACGUCUCCUUCAAUAUUGUACAGUAUACUUUUCAUGUCAUGGCCGUCUCCAAUCGGCCCUCGCGGAGUGGUGUGAUCGUAGAAAUGCAUCAAGACGCCUUCCGCCUGCUCCUCCUGCUCUAUACCACAAUAAGCCCCAAAACUCCCCGCAAUCUCAGGCGACAGGAUCCCAGAUGCCGUAUGAUACAGUUUUUGUGACAAUAGAACACAAUGAAUGAGAAGUAACCAGCACCUUGGGCAAGGUGCUUGGGCGUUUGCCCCCCUCCUGGGGAGUCACACACGCGUCGAGUUCGUAAAUGCAGGCCGAUUAAAUGUAGUCGCGGCCGCUCUUCUGCAUCUCGAUCAG